AUGGAGGACGGCCGGAGUGACGCCAAGGAGGCCAGCAUGGUCGAGCUGGCCGCGUCCUUGGAGAAGGUCCGCCAGAUCGAGGGCGGCGGCGACGGCGACAAUGUCGAUGGCAACAAGAAGCUUUGGGGACUCCUCCGGCUGUUCAUGGCCUGCAUGGUCUCCGGCGGGAUCCAGUACGGCUGGGCGCUGCAGCUGUCCCUCCUCUCGCCCUACUCCCAGACACUUGGGAUUCCCCACCAGUACGUUUCCCUGACGUGGAUCUGCGGUCCCAUCGCUGGAUUUGUGGUGCAACCCAUCGUCGGCUACUACAGCGACCGGUGCACGGCCAGGAUGGGCCGGAGGCGGCCCUUCAUCCUCGUCGGAUGCAUCAUAAUCUGCGUCUCGGUGCUGCUCAUCGGCUUCUCUGCGGACAUCGGACGCGCGCUCGGGGACACCAAGGAGCACUGCAGCGUGAGCACGGGCCCUCGAUGGGCCGCCGCCGCCAUCUACAUUGUUGGCUUCUGGUUCCUCGACUUCGCCAACAACACCGUCCAGGGGCCGGCUCGUGCCAUGAUGGCCGAUCUUUCCGCCGGGAACCAUGGCCCCAACGUCGGGCAGGCAGUCUUCUGCCUGUGGAUGGCCAUUGGCAACGUCCUCGGCUACACGGCCGGUGCCAACGGGAAAUGGCACGAGUGGUUCCCUUGGCUGAAAACUCACGCGUGCUGCGACGCUUGCGCAAACCUCAAGGGCGCCUUCCUCACCGCUGUGCUCCUCAUUAUCAUCAGCAUGACGGUCACCCUGUACCUCGCCGGCGAGAAGCAGCUCGACAAGGCCGACGUCCAGGCCUCGUCCGGCCGCGGCUGCAUCUCCGCCUUCGGCGACCUCUUCAAGAGCUUGAAGAACCUUCCCCCUCCCAUGUUCAAAGUGCUCGCCGUCACGGCCGUAACCUGGCUCGCCUGGUUCCCCUUCUUCCAGUACGACACCGACUGGAUGGGCCGGGAGAUCUACCACGGCGUGCCGCAGGGGCCCAAGGCGUCCGUCUACGACGCCGGCGUCCGCGAGGGCGCCAUCGGCCUGCUCCUCAGCUCCAUCACCCUCGGGGCCACCUCCUUCCUCAUCCCCAAGCUCUGCCGCAAGCUGACGUCCAAGGUCGUCUGGUCCAUCAGCAACUUCAUGGUGUUCGGCAUCAUGACGGCCAUGGUUGUCGUCGGCUUGAUCUCCACCAAGGGGUACAACGCGGCCCUGACCGCCAACCUCACCGGGCCUGACCCCAAGCUCAAGGCCAUCGCGCUCACGCUCUUCGCGCUCAUCGGAAUCCCGCAGGCCGUACUGUUCAGUGUGCCCUGGGCUGUUGCUUCUGAAGUCGUUGCCGCGGAGGAGGAUGAUGGCCAAGGCCAAGGCCUCGCCAUUGGUGUCCUCAACAUUGCCAUCGUCGUGCCACAGCUGAUCAUCGCGCUCACCGCCGGCCCGCUGGACAAAGCCUUCGGGAAGGACAACACGCCGGCGUUCGGCGUGGGCGGCGCCUUCGCGUUCAUCUGCGCCAUCCUGUCGCUCAUCCUGCUGCCCAAAACAAGGGGCAAUUCCAACGCCGCCGUCAUGGGCGGAGGGCACUGA